AUGGCUUAUUAUCAACAACAAAUGGGUAACCCCCAAAACAUGCAGUUUUACCAGUCGAAUUACACCUAUCAACAACCAUCUAACGCCCAAGGAACUUCUGGUAUGAUGGGAUCAAUGGAUUCCAAUUUUGGCUCUAAUAUAGAUGUGAGUGGAGUGAUGGGGAAUGGGGAAUUGACUCCCGGGUUAUUAGCAGCAUUUGGUACCUCAGGUUAUCCUGGAGAACCACCAUUACUAGAAGAAUUGGGUAUUAAUUUCCAGCACAUCAGGAGUAAAACAUUAGUUGUAUUAAAUCCAUUGACGAAAGAUAUUCCAAGUGAUAUAAUGGCAGAUCUGGAUCUUGCUGGCCCUAUAUUGUUUGUGUUAUUAUUUGGUACUUUAUUACUAUUAGCAGGGAAAGUUCAGUUUGGUUACAUUUAUGGUGUUGGAUUGUUUGGAAUAAUAGGUUUACAUUAUUUGUUCAAGUUUAUGAGUAACGAAACAACCAUUGAUUUGAUCAGAUCGGCGUCUGUACUUGGGUAUUGCUUGUUGCCAUUAGUUUUGAUUAGUGUGUUGGGAGUUGUCACCAAUUUGGAUAACUUGGCCGGAUAUAUUUUGAGUGCUAUAGCUGUGAUGUGGUGUACAUAUUCUGCCAGUGGAUUUUUUGUUAGCGUUUUGAAAUUGCACAACGUAAGACCAUUAAUUGCGUAUCCUUUGUGCAUGUUCUACACUGUUUUUGCAUUAAUGGCCAUAUUUGUAGAAAAUGUAGAGGAGAAGUAA